AUGCAAGACUCUUAUUAUUUAAUGUCAAAAAAUCAAUUUCAAGACUUAUAUAACGAUAAUUCGAUUUAUUUUAAUGAUGAAUCAAAUAUAGAAAAUAUUAUAUCUUGUGAAAAUGUUCCAUUUGGUUCCACAAUUGAAGCAUCCAAUAAUUUUGAUUCAAAUUAUAAUUGUAAUAAUAUUAACAAUGGAGGUAUCAAUAGUUUUAAUAAUUCAUCAUCAAUAUUUAAAAGUAUGACUCCCAAGAAAACACCAAAUGGUUUAAAAAAUUUAAAUAAUAAUAUUCCAACAGUUAAUUUGGCUCCGAUUAGUGAAAAUGUUUCAACUGAUACUUUAAAUUCACAAAUUGUUCCAAGUUUUCAAUCAAACAAUAUACCGCAACAAAUUCCAUCAUCAAAUAAUAAUAAUAAUAUUAACAAUAAUAAUAAUACUAUUUCAAGUAACAAUAAUAAUAAUACAGCCUCUAUACCUAUAACCACAACUCCAACAGUGGUUAAUAAUAAUAAUAAUAAUAAUAAUAAUAAUAAUAAUAAUAAUAAUAAUAAUAAUAAUAAUAAUAAUAAUAAUAAUAAUAAUAAUAAUAAUAAUAAUAAUAAUAAUAAUAAUAAUAAUAAUAAUAAUAUUCCUAUUUCAAAUAGUUGUAAUUUUUCUAAUAAUUUAGAAAAAUCAACCCCAAUAGUAAAUUUAAUACAAUAUGAACAACAACCACAACAAAAUAAUAAUAUUUAUCAAAAUAAUGAUACAUCAAAUUUAAAUAAUAAUAAUAUUGUUUGUCAUACUAAAGAUAAUGAAAACAUUGAAACUAUCAGCUCCAACAACAAUAAUAAUUAUACAUAUCAAGAUCCAAACUAUCAAGACCCCGAAAAAGUUCAAUUAACUAUGAAUUGCUUUAAAUUAAUACAAUACUGCAGUCAAUUAACAAAUUUAACCAAGCAAGCAUUUUCAAAUCCAUCAGCCGCUGCAUGUGAAUUAGAAACAUUAUCGACAAUGGGAAACUACAUUCAAUAUGAAAUUUCCUCUCUCAAAUCAUCUCUUGUAAAAAAUCUACCAAAUGAAGCUCAACAACAACAAAUUAGACUGCAACAACAACAAUCACAACAACAACACCAACAACACCAACAACACCAACAACACCAACAACCACCAACAAAUAUUCCACAGCAUAUUAAUAAUUGUAAUAUUCCAAGAUCACCAUUUGAUUCAUGUGUUCCAAAUUCAUCAUAUAUAAAUUCUCCAUUGGUUGCAAAUGAUUUUGGUUAUUAUUCACCAAAUUCAAUGAUGAAUAAUAAUAAUGAUAAAAUAAAUUCAGAGCAAGGUGUAUUUUCAAGUACUAUAUCAUCUCCAUUACCAAUAAAUUCUUCAUACACAAGUCCAUAUAUAAAAAAUCAAAAUAGUCCACAAUCAAAAGUUGUAAAAAAGCAAUUAAAAAAUUCUAAACAAUCUCCAACUUAUAUUAAUUUAACAGAGAAUAUGAUACGUGCACAAACUAAAAAACAAAAAAAAACAAUUAGUAGAGUUUGUGUUAAUUGUAAAACAAGUGACACACCAGAAUGGCGUAGAGGUCCCCAAGGUGCAAAAACCCUUUGUAAUGCAUGUGGAAUUAGAUAUAGACUUCAACAACAACAAGUUCCACAAUCAAAUUUAAAUUCACCAAGAGAAUCCUAUGCUGUAAUACCAACAUGUGAUGAAAAUAUUAAACAACAAACAUCACAAAACUCAACCACUAAUAUUAAUUCUUCAACAACAACCACAACAGCAACAAUCCAACAACAACAACAACAAAAUAUACCUCAACAAUUUCCACAACCAAUUCAAUCACCAUUAAAAAUGUUAAAUAUCGAUCAACAAAUUCUUAAUAGUUAUGAAAACAAUUUUAAAAAUCAAUUUAUAGAAAAAGAUUUCUUACUAAUGGAUUCAUUUGAAUAA